AGAAGCCAGAACAAUUUCGUACGUCGUUAAAAACAUCACUUCCAACUUUAUACCGGUCACAACUUUACACAAACGCAACCUAAAAUGAACCGCUAUCUCAGGAGCAUGUGAGUUCUUCCUCCCACCACGAAGCUCUCCUCCUCACCGCAUGCUACUCUUUGUUCAUUCACUUUCAGCUACAUGGUAAGCCUGCAACACUUCCUAACGUCCUUCAAUUUUCUCAUCAUGUUUAGGUUAUGCCAAAUUUUUUGAAAAUUUGCCCAUACCUAAAUUUUAUCUAUUCAUAGACCUAUUAUCCCCUUCUAUCUGUCUGCCUCUGUCUGGAUACUGUCUUAUCUCGUAUCAGUGAAUUCUUGAAAUCAAGAAUUGUUAAACCCGAUUGGGAUUUCGUUGGCAGGUAAUGGAUACUUUGCUAAGAACACCAAAUGAGCUUGAAUUUCUUCACCCGCAUCAUGAAUUUCGGGUUAAAGCAGCUUCCUUUAAGCCUCAGACGCAGGAAAUUCGGGUUGGAUCGUGGAAGAAGACAUCCCGGAGUUUCGGUCUGGUUAAGGCCAGCAGUACUAGUUCCCUAUUGGACCUUGUACCUGCCACCAAGAUAGAAAAUCUUGAUUUCGAGCUUCCUAUAUAUGACCCUUCCAGGGGAACUGUAGUGGAUCUAGCGGUGGUUGGUGGUGGCCCGGCCGGGCUUGCUGUUGCUCAGAAAGUCUCGGAAGCGGGGCUAUCGGUUUGUUCGAUUGACCCUUCUCCCAAAAUGAUCUGGCCCAACAAUUAUGGGGUUUGGGUUGAUGAAUUUGAGGCCAUGGAUCUGCUGGAUUGCCUGGAUUCCACCUGGUCUGGUGCUGCUGUCUAUAUAGAUGACCACACAACCAAAGACCUCGGGAGACCUUAUGGGCGGGUCAACAGGAAGAAGCUCAAGUCAAAAAUGAUGCAGAAAUGCAUCCUUAAUGGCGUUAAAUUUCAUCAAGCCAAGGUUAUGAGUGUCAUACAUGAAGAAUCAAAGUCUUUCUUGAUUUGCAAUGACGGUGUUACCAUCCAAGCAACCUUAGUUCUUGAUGCAACCGGUUUUUCCAGAUCUCUAGUUGGGUAUGAUAAGCCUUAUAAUCCAGGGUACCAAGUCGCGUAUGGAAUUCUGGCAGAGGUAGAGAAACACCCAUUUGAUAUUAACAAGAUGGUUUUCAUGGAUUGGCGCGACUCUCAUCUAAAUAACUCGGAGCUAAAGGAGAGAAACAGAAAGCUUCCAACCUUUCUAUAUGCAAUGCCGUUCUCUUCAGAUAGGAUAUUCCUUGAAGAAACGUCACUUGUGGCCCGUCCCGGUUUAGAUAUGAAGGACAUCCAGGAGAGGAUGGCAAUCCGUUUGAGGCACUUAGGGAUCAAGGUGAAGAGGAUUGAAGAAGAUGAGCGUUGCGUGAUUCCAAUGGGUGGACCCCUACCGGUGAUGCCCCAAAGAGUCAUUGGGAUUGGUGGGACUGCAGGGAUGGUUCAUCCCUCGACAGGGUAUAUGGUGGCAAGGACACUGGCAGCCGCCCCAAUCCUUGCCGAUUCAAUUAUUCAAUACCUUGGCAAUGACAGGAGAAGCAAAAGCCUUGUAGGUGAGGAAUUGUCUGAGUGUGUUUGGAGAGAUUUGUGGCCUAAAGAGAGGAGGCAGCAGAGGGAGUUCUUUUGUUUUGGAAUGGACGUUCUGUUGAAGUUAGAUUUGCCAGGUACUAGAAGAUUUUUCGAAGCGUUUUUUGAUCUGGAGCCUCGUUAUUGGCACGGGUUCCUGUCUUCACGGCUGUUUCUUCCAGAGCUCAUGUUCUUUGGGCUCUCACUAUUCUCAAAUGCCUCUAAUGCUUCUAGGCUAGAGAUAAUGGGCAAGGGCACUUUGCCUUUGGUCAAGAUGGUCAACAAUUUGUUAAAGGACAAAGAAUAAGUCUUUUUUUAAAGUUAUACCUCGGCUUGAUAUUGUUGUAUUACUUGUAUAUGUAACAAUUCCAAUGUCAAUUGGUUUAUUUUCAAGAG